GGGCCGGCGGGGCAGGGGCGGGGAGGCCGGCGAGCGGCCGCGCUCGGGUCCGCCUCCGACUGCGGCGCGGCGGGGCGAUGUGAGUGCCAUGGCGAGGAGUCUCUGCGCGGGGGCCUGGCUGAGGAAACCCCAUUAUCUCCAGGCUCGUUUGUCCUACAUGCGGGUGAAGUAUCUUUUCUUUUCCUGGCUGGUGGUUUUUGUUGGAAGCUGGAUCAUAUAUGUGCAGUAUUCAACCUAUACAGAGCUAUGCAGAGGGAAGGACUGUAAGAAAAUCAUAUGUGACAAAUACAAGACCGGAGUUAUUGACGGACCUGCAUGCAACAGCCUCUGUGUCACAGAAACACUGUACUUUGGAAAAUGUCUGUCCACCAAGCCCAACAACCAGAUGUAUUUAGGAGUUUGGGAUAAUCUACCAGGUGUUGUGAAGUGUCAAAUGGAACAAGCUCUUCAUCUUGAUUUUGGUACUGAACUGGAGCCAAGAAAAGAAAUAGUGCUAUUUGAUAAACCAACCAGGGGAACUACUGUACAGAAAUUCAAAGAAAUGGUUUACAGUCUCUUUAAGGCAAAGUUAGGUGACCAGGGAAACCUGUCUGAACUGGUUAACCUCAUCUUGACAGUGGCUGAUGGAGACAGAGAUGGCCAGGUCUCCCUAGGAGAAGCCAAGUCAGCAUGGGCACUGCUUCAGUUGAACGAGUUUCUCCUGAUGGUGAUACUUCAGGAUAAAGAACACACCCCCAAACUAAUGGGAUUCUGUGGUGACCUCUACAUGAUGGAAAGUGUCGAAUAUACCUCUCUGUAUGGAAUUAGUCUCCCAUGGGUUAUGGAACUCUUUAUUCCAUCUGGAUUCAGAAGGAGCAUGGAUCAGUUGUUCACACCAUCUUGGCCCAGAAAGGCCAAGAUAGCCAUAGGACUUCUAGAAUUUGUAGAGGAUGUUUUCCACGGCCCCUAUGGAAACUUUCUCAUGUGUGACACCAGUGCCAAGAACCUAGGAUAUAAUGAGAAGUAUGACUUAAAAAUGGUGGAUAUGAGAAAAAUUGUGCCAGAGACAAACCUAAAGGAACUCAUUAAAGACCGCCACUGUGAGUCUGACCUGGACUGUGUCUAUGGUACAGACUGUAGAACUAGCUGUGACCUGAGUACAAUGAAGUGCACUUCAGAAGUAAUACAACCAAACUUGGCAAAAGCCUGUCAGUUACUCAAAGACUACCUACUGCAUGGUGCUCCAAGUGAAAUCCAGGAAGAAUUAGAAAAGCAGCUUUACUCUUGUAUUGCUCUCAAAGUCACAGCAAAUCAAAUGGAAAUGGAACAUUCUUUGAUAUUAAAUAACCUAAAAACAUUAUUGUGGAAGAAAAUUUCCUACACAAAUGACUCUUAGUUCAUUUGGACUAUUCACUGAGAAUCUACUUAUGACUUUGAGCAUUUAGAAGAAUGGCUUCUGUCCCCUGGGCCUAUGGAGUCAUUGUCUCAAAUGCAUGUUAUGACAACAAUGGCAGGUGCAGGGCCAAGAGAUGUCCAAACUCAUUCAUUCCUGCCCUUUUAUAAGUUCACAAGUAUAUUCACUGUUAACUAUUUUGACUUAAAAAAAAAAAAAAGCUAAUGCUGUGAAAAACCUCAUUCCAUAAAUAAUGAGUGUUCUGUAGCUGUUAGCCAAUCCCAUUGCUGGACAUUGUUUGCAUUGAAGCUGCUGUUUAAACAAAGAAAUUUAUAGAUGAACUUACUAAUGUUUUAGCAUGGUAAAAGUUUGCACAUUAACACAAAUUAAGAAUGCCACACAGGUAAAUCCAAAUGACUCAUUUAUUAAAAAGUUCAGUUAAUAUAG